ACAAACGGGAUGAAAGUCCAGGGCUGGAACUUCCUCCUUGGUGUGUCUGACAAGGCCUGACGUACUCCAGACUCUUUGAAUCCCGGAAGUUCAGGACACACCCAACCUCGCACGCAGCGUCCAGAAUACUGGAGUGUGGGUGAAAGGACAAAGUCAAGGAGCGUUUCAACAUGAGGGACCCGCUGACAGAGUGUUCGUAUAAUAAAGCAUACAAGAACCUAAAGGAGUUUUCUCAAAACGGAGAGAAUUUCUGCAAGCAGAUCACAUCUGUUCUUCAGCAAAGGGCAAACCUGGAGAUAAGCUAUGCCAAAGGACUUCAGAAACUGGCAAGCAAGCUGAGCAAAGCUCUACAGAACUCAAGGAAAAACUGUCUCAGCAGUGCCUGGGCCUGGGCCUCAGAGGGCAUGAAAUCCACAGCUGACCUGCAUCAAAAACUUGGCAAAGCAAUCGAGUUGGAAGCCAUAAAACCGACUUAUCAAGUCCUGAAUGUACAAGAGAAGAAGAGAAAAUCACUUGAUAAUGAAGUUGAAAAGACAGCAAAUCUUGUCAUUAGCAACUGGAAUCAGCAAAUUAAGGCUAAGAAGAAAUUAAUGGUGAGUACCAAGAAGCACGAGGCACUUUUCCAGCUGGUAGAAAGCUCCAAGCAAUCCCUGAAUGAGAAGGAGAAGCGGAAGCUCUUGAAUAAACUGAAGAAAUCAACUGAGAAAUUGGAAAAGGAAGAUGAAAAUUACUACCAAAAGAACUUGGCAGGCUGUUCUACCAGACUGAAAUGGGAAAACACACUAGAAAACUGCUACCAGAGCACCCUGGAGCUGGAGAAGGAAAGAAUUCAGCUUUUAUGCAAUAACUUAAACCAGUACAGCCAACACAUUUCUCUUUUCGGCCAAACCCUGACCACAUGCCACACACAGAUUCACUGUGCCAUCAGCAAGAUUGAUGUUGAGAAAGAUAUCCAGGCUGUGAUGGAAGAAACCGCAACUUUAUCAACAGAAAACAAAUCUGAGUUCCUAUUAACCGAUUACUUUGAGGAGUACCCUAACAAUGCAAUGGAGAAAGGGAGACGAAAGUCUUUCAUAAAACCAAAAUUGUUGAGAUUGCAAAGAGACAUUGAAAAAGCCUCAAGAGACAAGGAAGGCCUGCAACGGAUGCUUAAUACCUACUCCAGCAACUCCUCCUUCUCCGACACAAAGAGCCAGAGAGAGACGGCAGCAUUAAUGGACGAGAACAACUUGAAACUAGACCUUUUGGAAGCGAACUCCUAUAAACUGUCAUCAGUGUUAGCAGAACUAGAGCAAAGACCUAAACCCAGCCAUCCCUGCAGUACCUCCAUCUUCAAGUGGAAAGAAAAGGAGUAUACUCAUAGUUAUGUUAGAAUAUCUCGGCCUUUUUCCAUGAAGAGACUAGAGAAUGUUGUGAGCACGGCAUCUUCCGAUGGCCAGAGAAAUCCAAGUUCUUCACCUUCAGCCUCUGGUGUGGCCCAGCUCGGCAACGGUCUUUGCAAAGCCUUAUAUUCUUUUCAAGCCAGGCAAGAUGAUGAGUUGAAUUUGGAAAAAGGUGACAUCGUGAUGAUACAUGAGAAAAAAGAAGAAGGAUGGUGGUUUGGCUCUUUAAAUGGUAAAAAGGGCCAUUUUCCUGCCGCUUACGUGGAGGAGCUUCCUUCCGGCUCCGGGAACACAGCUACACAGGCAUGAAGUGCGGCUCCAGACACACUGUUCACAUACUCUGUGCGCUAACAAGACUGUGCAGUGCAAAUAAAGAUAAAAUUCUGUUA